AUGCCCAAUCGUAACCCCGAGGGGAUAUUCAACAAGACCGCUGUAUCAGAAUCACUUGGUACCCUGGCUCCCGGGAAGAAAUCUCCGCGUCUUCCCAAGUGCGCAUGCUGCAGAAACCACGGCUAUGCGUCCCCACUCAAGGGCCACAAGCGUUUCUGUAUGUGGCGGGACUGCCAGUGCAAGAAGUGCAGUCUCAUAGCAGAGAGGCAGCGGGUCAUGGCCGCGCAGGUAGCACUUCGUAGGCAGCAAGCACAAGAGGAAGAGAUGGGUAUAAGCCAUCCUGUCCCUUUACCCAUUGCUGGAGAAGUACUUGUGAAAAAGGAGCAUGGAGGAAGUAGCUCUUGCUUACUUACAGAAAACAGUUCUACACAGACAAUAGUUUCAUCUUCUUCGAUAUCCACACCAAGCGCAUCAGAUAAAGAGGGAAAAAUGUCUUUUCAGGAUAUCCCUUCUGUCACCAGCAGAGGGCACAUGGAGAAUACAUCUGACUUUGUUGUGGACUCAAGUUACUAUACCAAUUUCUACCAGACAUCCCUCUAUCCAUACUACAACAAUUUAUACAGCUACCCCCCUUACCAAAUGGCUAUGACUGCUGAACCCACUAGUGGCGGUGACAUACCUAUGAUAGGUGGGUCACCGAUGAAGAACAGUUUUAGAAGUCUCUCCUCUGCUUAUGUCCCAGGCCAGUCAGGAAACCAGUGGCAGAUAAAGACUGCUGAGAGUCGAUUUCCUGGAUCCAGCACUAACUCUCAGUACAGGAUGCACUCUUAUUACCCUCAAUACAUGGGGCAGAGUGUUGGCACACAGGCCUGUGUUACACCCAUGUCCAUGUUUGCUUUUGGAGAGAGCCCCUCUUAUUCAGAGGCAAAUGGAAGUGUGUUUUCCACACCCAACAGCCAGGACUCUGGUUUGGUUUCCCUGGCCAGCCAUUCACCAGUCAGUAAUGAGAGCUCCAAAGAAGUAGUGGAUUGUGAGGCUGCACCUGAGGGCAACUUCACCGUUACCAAUGUUGUAGAAGAUGGGGAAUAGAAAGACCACAGCCCUAAUAUUGUCCCAUAUUGAUUAAAAGUGACAUAUUACUGUGGGAUACAG